AAGCAUUAUUUCUGCGUGGCAUAUUCUGUUUUCAAUACGUGGCAUCAAAAAAAAAGAAACAUUUUAUAAAACUAAUUCAAUAAGUGCGGGCAUAAUUUAUUGUUUUAUAAGAAAAUGAUUCACGUCCUUAUUAUGCUUGUUGUGCUCAAUGCUCCACUGAUUUAUUCGCUUGAGUCAAACAUCACUAUACCUGUAAAGUCUUCAGCUACUGCAAAUGUCACUGUAGAUUUUGAGCCUGCAAAGGAAAGAGAUAUGAAUGCUUCUAAGUUGGAAGGAAGUGCAGGAAAUAAUGUUUCACAAUGGACGCAAAAUGCAGGAAAGGAUGUUACAAAAUGGGUGAAAAAUGCAGGAAAUGAUGUUUCACAAUGGACGCAAAAUACAGGAAAGGAUGUUACAAAAUGGAUGAAAAGUGCAGGAAAUGAUGUUUCACAAUGGACGGAAAAAACAGCUCAUGAUGUUGCAAGUUGGGGAAAAAAUGUUAAAGAUAAAUUGUCUGAGUUUGGGAAAAAGUUGAAUAUACUUUCUUAAACAAAUUGUUGGCUCUUAUAUAUUUUAAAUUUUUAAUUAAAUCUGUUCAAUUUCAAAGCUUUCAAUUUAGUUUUCUGAUAAUGAAUAUGUACAAUAAAAAAUCGUUCUAACAAAAAUAAUUAAA